GGGACCUUUUUGCUUCUCUUGGAAAGGAUUAGCACGCUGUUUGUGUUCAAUUUGUGACGGCUGGUUUUGCGCUUCUCGUUGGCUUGACACGAUCCUUCCUGAAGAUCGGGAACUGUUCGCUUUCCUCUCGGCAGGAGGUGAGAUGCCAGCCACAAGCCACAGCGUCAUUCGACGACAAACGUACAAGCUUACCCGAAGCACGUCCCGGUACACAAACGCAACCAAAUCAAGGUGCCAACCAUCAGGAAGCAACCGGAAUUGAGAGGGAAGAUCCAAACCAAGAUACUGACAGAGAAUUGCAAGAAGCAGCAUCAUAGGCUGGCCCAAAUUUGCUCAGAAGAGAUCCACAGCAAGAGGGUAUCUUAUUUCAGCAAAGCGUCAUCGUCCUACCCGAAGAUACCCAACGGUCAGAACCUCACUGAUCGAUAAUACCGUUGAUUGUUGGUUGGUUGGUUGUAUUACGAUGGCGGACGAAUCAACUCGCAAACGUCCUCGCCUGGACAAGGAAGAGGGAUCCAACGUUGGUGACAGCAACGAUAACAAGAAUGUCCAAAAGAAAUCACUGUUCCAAUCCAAAAAAUCCGCCUUCAAGUCCUCUUCGAAAAAGCAGCAACGGCGGUAUCGACAACGAGACGACGAUGAGGACAAGGAGGAACGUAAUACCCGUACUAUUGUUCCUCAGACGAAGAAUGUGCCUAAUAAGAACAAGUCGAAUGCCAAUCGUCAAGAAGACAAUAAAAACAACAACAAGUCCAAUGGAGGGCAACAGUCAAAAAUAAGUAGUGACCGCCCACCGAAAAAUAAUAAUGCUAGACCGAAGGAUCGACAAUCACCGCAUCCAAAGAAUCCACCACCCCAGAAACAGCAACAUCAGCAACAAUCCAGGCCACGAAAACCCGAGGAAUCACGAUCCGAUGCUAAUAGAAAACCCAACAACAACAAUCGAAGCGACAAGAAUACUAAUAACGAUGUCUUGUACGAUUCCGAUGGCAGUGAUUUUGACCGACAAUUCUAUCUGGCGGAUGAAGGAGGCUAUGUGGUGGACGCUUCGGAAAUGCAGUCACAGGGGCAACUAGGAAGAUUUCUAUUUGUCAAUGACAAGAUGAAACAACGGGAAAAGGAAAUGGAAGAACGACGGCGCAAUCCAAAUUACCGAGGAGGCAAGGCGGCCACACAAACACAACAACGAUUCAAUGCCAGAAAAAGUGCGCUCCAGGACGAUCAAGAAGCAUGGGAAGAAAAUAGAUUGCUCAGUUCGGGUGCCGCGUCGCGGGGAGAAGUGGCACUCGAUGUUUCGAACGAAAAUGAUACCCGCGUCACAUUGUUGGUACAUCAACUCAAACCUCCCUUUUUGGAAAAGUCGUCCGUGGGACUGGCCAAACAAACGACGGCAGCGACCGUCAAGGACAACUCGUCCGAUUUUUGUAAAAUGGCACGGCAGGGAUCGGUGACGCUGCAACGGCUGCGACAAGAAAAGGAAAAGAAUACCAUGCGACAAAAGUUUUGGGAAUUGGGAGGCUCCAAAAUGGGAAAUGCCAUGCGAGUCAAAAAAGACGACGACAAUGACGAAGAAGCAGAACCUGACCAAGCGGCAUCAUCCAGCAACGCCAACGUCAAUGCCAAUGGGGAAGUGGAUUACAAAAAGAGUACCGGAUAUGCGUCGCACAUGGCAAAGCAAAAGACAGAGGCUGCUUCGGAGUUUGCAAAGACAAAGUCGAUACGACAACAACGAGAAUUCUUACCAAUAUUCUCGGUCAGGGACGAGUUGCUGAAUGUCAUUCGAGAGAACAAUGUAGUGAUUGCAGUCGGAGAAACUGGUAGUGGCAAAACAACGCAACUGGUUCAGUAUCUGCUAGAGGAAGGCUAUUGCACUGGAGGGCAUAUUGUGGGAUGUACACAGCCCAGGCGAGUUGCGGCCAUGAGCGUUGCAAAACGUGUGAGCGAGGAGGUUUCUGCGGCCGUUCAGGAGACAGGACGAGCACUGACGGAAGUUGAUCAACUGGGAGGGACGGUGGGGUAUGCCAUCCGAUUUGAGGAUUGUACCAGUCCUCACACCAAAAUCAAGUACAUGACUGAUGGAGUGUUGCUCCGCGAGACCCUCAGUGAUCCUGACAUCAAUCACUACAGCGCCAUUGUGAUGGACGAGGCUCACGAACGCAGUCUGAACUCAGAUAUUCUGUUUGGAGUGUUGCGAAAAGUGGUCGCUCGCAGGUCAGACAUGAAGCUGAUAGUAACCAGUGCCACGCUCUCCGCCGACACCUUUAGCAAUUACUUUGGAGGUGUUCCUGUCUUCCGCAUUCCCGGACGAACCUUCCCUGUUGAGACAUAUUUUGCAAAGUCAGUUCAAGAAGAUUACGUAAUGGCGGCGGUAAAGCAAGCACUACAAAUUCACUUCAACCACGAGCCUGGGGACAUUCUUAUUUUCAUGACGGGGCAGGAAGAUAUUGAGGGAACUUGUACUGUCCUCGCAGAGAAAAUGGAAAAGCUGGGGGGAGAUUCCCCGCCCCUUCUUGUGCUUCCAAUGUACUCUCAGCUACCGGCCGACCUGCAGGCAAAGAUCUUUGAAACUGCGCCGAAGGGAAUCAGAAAGUGCAUUGUGUCCACAAACGUGGCUGAGACUAGUCUUACCGUAGACGGUAUCAAAUAUGUGAUCGACUCGGGAUUUUGCAAGUUAAAAGUCUUUAACCCAAAGAUUGGAAUGGAUGCUUUGGUUGUUACCCCAAUCAGCAAGGCAAACGCUAAUCAACGUUCUGGUCGCGCCGGAAGAACAGGCAAAGGAUACGCCUUCAGGCUCUACACGGAUCGUCAGUUUCGAGAAGAGCUGAUGGAGAAUGCGGUGCCAGAAAUCCAAAGGACGAAUCUGAGCAAUGUCGUUCUCUUGCUCAAAUCGCUAGGCGUGAAGAAUCUUCUGGACUUCAAUUUCAUGUCGCCUCCACCGGAAGAGAACAUCAUGAACUCAUUAUAUCAGUUGUGGAUUCUUGGUGCUUUGGAUAACAAUGGAGACUUGACACCAAUGGGAAGGAAUAUGUCUGACUUCCCACUGGAUCCACCCCUCUCGAAAAUGCUCCUGUAUGCACAUGAACACGGAAGAUGUUCAUCGGAAGUACUGAUCAUUGUCAGCAUGUUGAGUGUUCCAAGUGUGUUUUUCCGACCCAAGGACCGUGAAGAGGAGAGUGAUGCAGCACGCGAGAAGUUCUUCGUCCCAGAAUCUGAUCACCUUACACUGCUCAAUGUCUAUCUUCGAGCAAAGCAAUACAAGUUUGACGCCAAGUGGUGCAAUCAGCAUUUCAUUCAUUCGAAAGGAAUCCGUAAAGCACGAGAAGUGCAUUCCCAACUUGUGGAUUUGAUGAAGCAACGAAGAUUUGAUCCGCAGAGCUGCGAUGGAUCAUGGGAUGUUAUCCGCAAGGCUAUAUGCUCUGCCUAUUUCUACAACAGUUCUAAGAUCAAAGGAAUUGGCGAAUACAUCAACAUGCUCUCUGGGAUUCCGGCCGCACUUCAUCCCUCCAGUGCCUUGUUUGGGCUGGGGUACACACCUGACUACGUCUGCUAUCACGAGUUGAUCAGUACUUCGAAAGAAUACAUGAGUUGCGUCACAGCCGUGGACGGUUAUUGGCUGGCCGAAGUUGGUUCGAUGUUGUUUAGCGUCAAAGAGAGCUACGAAACUACGUUGCUUCGCCGCCAGAAAGAUCGAGCCGAACAAGCCAAGAUGGAGCAAGAAUUGCAAAAGAAGCAGAAGCUAGAGGAGGAAGAACGCCAGAAGGAAGCCGCUGAAGCGUCCAAGAAACAUCGAGGGGGGGCUGUGGCGACACCUGGUGCCGCCAAUGCUCGCAACAAACGGUUUGGACCGAAGAAGAGGGGGCGUAUUGGUCUUUAAUAAGAAGAACCAUGCUUGUGCAGUGCAAGCAUGCAUGCAGUGGAGCUAAACUGUUGUGCUUUUUAGCCUUGUUACCACAGAACACUUGCUACUCGCACAUUCGUCCAGCACAGAGUACUUGGGGUUUGAAGUGUCGGAGAGAGACGAGUCCUUCAUGAAAACGCUCAGUUGCAACAAUACUAUACUGUAGCUAGCCACUUUAAGGAAGGACCGGUUCUUCUCGUGUUGGGUUCAGUUACGCCUUUUAGCUAGCUGGAGAUGCCGAAUUUUUUGUUGUUUGUACCAGUGACGACCACUGAGCCAACUUCAACGCA